AUGUCUCUCAUACCUGCAGCUAUCCGAGCCAUUUCUUCAGUUCAGGAAGGAUCUUGGCACAAAUCUCUUUCUGAAAUUGGCGGUGGAUCUUCUAACCGGGGUCUACUUGGCUUCCGCCUUGGGGGGCGAGGUGCUUCGGUCAGGCAAGAUAAAGUAAACAUGUCUGGAGAAAUUAUCCAAGGAAGAGCAAAAGAGUUUUUACAAAAAAUGUAUGGUGAAAUUAAUCCAGAAUUCAGCUUUUCUAGUGGAUGGUUAGAACGUUUCAAGGCAAGAUAUGGAAUCAAAUCUUACCUACGUUUUGGUGAAAGUGGUUCAGUUAUCAUGGAGAACAUUGAAAAUGCUUUACCUGGAAUACGAUCAAAACUAGACCAGUUUCAGUUGAAGGAUAUUUACAAUAUGGAUGAAACUAUAUUAUUUUACCGAUUGGAAGCUGAUCAUUCGCUUGCUACCAAGCAGCUCGAAAGACGCAAAAAAGAUAAGGAGAGAAUUACUGUUGUUGUUUGUUGCAAUGGUGAUGGAUCUGACAAAGUACCACUUUGGAUUAUUGAUUUUGUUGGUUGGUUUGAUAAGAGAAUGAAUGGCAGGAAGGUUCUCUUAAUAGUAGACAAUUGCCCAGCUCAUCCAAAGGUAGUUGAAGGCUUGAUAAAUGUAGAGUUAUUUUUCUUACCUCCUAACACAACAUCUAAGAUUCAACCAUGUGAUACUGGGAUUAUUCGAGCAUUCAAAGCUCAUUAUCGUCGUCGUUUUUAUUCUAACAUCUUACAAGGCCUUGAGGUUGAAGCACCAAAUCCUGAAAAAAUUAAUAUUUUGAAUGCUAUUAAAUUUGCUAACAUGGCUUGGAAUUUUGAUGUGAAGACAACAACAAUUGCAAAUUGUUUUCGGCAUUACAAGAUUCGGUUAGAAGAAAACAAUGUUCCCGAACCAAAAGUUCGUGAAUUAGAUGAAGGUGUCCAAGAAUUAAAUGAUGUCAUCUCUAAUUUACACUAUAGAAAUAUGAUGAAUGUUGAACAUCUUUUGAACUAUCCUAGCGAGAAUGAUGCAAUUAUGGAAUUAUCUAUAGACGAAGAAAUUAUUCAAUCGGUAAUGAACAGUAAUGAUGAUGAGAAUGAUCAUGAACCAGAUGAUGGUAGCGUUGUCCCAAAUGUGUUGUCAAAAGAGGCAUUUCAAUCAAUAGUCACAUUAAGCAACUACUUGCUACAACACGAGCAAAAUAUUCCGGAAGUUGUGUAUGCUCUACAAAAAGUUAAGGAUGAGAUUCAUUUUGGUUUAAGUGGGAAGAAAAAAUAA